AAAAAAUCGUCUCUUUUCUGUCCGUCUGAUAUUCACUCUGGUGGUUGACGGUUCCAAUUGCCAUCAGUCGGCAAUUUGAAGUGAAGUGAGCAACGAGUGUCGAGUGAUGGCAAGACUGCGCUCCCGGCAGCCGGCAGCAGAGUCUGAGAGUUCGGAUACAGAUGCAGAGGUGUGUGCAGUGUGCGAGGAGCAAUCGCAGCGUGUGACAGUGAACUGCUCGGCCUGCACGAAGCUUUUCCAUCUCGGUUGCCUCACACCUCCGCUGCGUCGUCGACCGCAGCUGGUAGACGCGUGGCAGUGUUCCGACUGCAAGGGAGAAGGCGAAGCGACCGGGAAGCGUGUAAUCAAUGGAAAGAGAAAAAAGCGAGAGGCUCCGGUGGAAGUGGAGGAGGUAGCGCAGCCGACGCCCAAGAGACGUAGAGUAUCAACGAGAUCCACGCAGAAGAAGGGGGACGAUGAUUUGGAUGAGAAACCUAUUGCUCAGACGAUCACGAAGCGUCCGAACGGGAAGGCUCCUAUGAAGAAGAAGGCGAAGACGCAGCCACGAGCCAGUGGUCGAACGGCGCGUCGUGCCUCGUCUCGGAUAGCUGCAGUUGAACUAAGUGACGAUGACGACGAUGAAGACAACGACGCUGACAGUGAUUUCGUCGGAGAGAGUGCGUCUGAAGAAGACGAGGAGGAUUCAGUUGUGUCGAGCGAUGAAGCAGAGCGAAAACCAAUCAGAAGACGCCCAGUCAUGAAGAAAUCCCCUCCGAUACAACGCACCGCAAUGAAUCGCAUUAGAGAGCAACCAACAACUCCUGUAGAUGUCUCUGCUCGCCCCGUUACAGUCAACAACAUCUAUGGUAGUGACGCUGACUCCUUAGACAUUGAAAUUGUUGGUGAGAGUGAGAUUUCGGACGUGGAGGAUCUCUACGAUGGUCCCCACUACUUCAUUGAAUACGCAGCCAAUGGCAGAGCUAAGUGCAAGAGCUGCGAGCAGAAGCUUCUCAUCAAGCAGCUUCGAGUUGGUGUAGACAUUCGACACUCGAUCUUCGGUGACGGGACAUAUUACAAACAUUUGGAGUGUACCGCGAUCGGACUGAAAGCUGGACUUGCCAAAGGAGAGGCAGAAGGUGAAGACGAGAACAAGAAACCUGCCAAGACAAAGAAGAAAAAUAACGAUCCGAUUGACGGCUUCUCACGGCUCCAUGCUGCAGAUCAGAAGCGUGUGCGUGAGUACAUGGAGAAGAACGACGAGAACGGAGUCAUCGACGAGCGUCUCCCUCUCACAGACGACCACUUCAACAAGAAAGGUCGUAUGCCAGAAAAGGAGCCGUCCAAGCACUUGACUGCCACUCUGUUACCGUAUCAGAGAGAAGCUCUGGCUUGGAUGGUCGGACAGGAACAAAGCAGCUAUAAAGGCGGCAUUCUCGCUGACGAAAUGGGUAUGGGAAAGACCAUUCAGGCCAUUUCGCUCAUGCUGGAAAAUGUCCGUGAGAAGCCCAGCGGGAAGGCAGCUAAAGCCCGAAACUCAUCGACAGUGUACGGUGGAACUCUCGUUGUUUGUCCUCUUGUUGCCGUCAUGCAGUGGAAGAGCGAGAUCGAGCGGUUUGUGGAGCCUGGUCACCUGUCUGUGUACAUUCAUCACGGUGCCAAACGUUUGGAUUCGGUGGAGAAGAUUGCAUCGUACGAUAUCGUGCUGACGACUUACUCUAUUAUCGAGAGUGAGAUCCGUAAAACACUGGGAUGGUCGAAAGUUGCGUGCAAAUAUUGUGGGAGGAAGUACCUACCUGACAAGUUGGUGUCGCACUACAAAUAUUUUUGCGGACCGGAUGCCAGGAAGACGGCGUUGCAGGAUAAACAGCAGAGGAAGAAGACCAAGAAGAAAGCCGCUGGUGAGAGCAGUGAAGAAGACGAUGGCUUGAAGAAACCAGUGCGAAAACCUAAGGGUCCAGCGAAGAAGAAUGAUGAUGGCAAGAAGGCGACACUCCAGAAGACAAAAGGCAAGUCACCUCUUCACCAGAUUCAGUGGACGCGUAUCGUGCUGGACGAGGCCCACUACAUCAAGGACCGCAAUUGCAACACUGCGCGUGGUGUCUUCGAGCUCAAGUCAAAGUACAAGUGGUGCUUAUCAGGAACGCCUUUGCAAAACCGUAUUGGCGAGUUGUUUUCACUGGUUCGGUUCCUCCAAGUGAAGAAAUUCGCUUAUUAUCACUGCAAUACGUGCGACUGCCAAAUGCUGGACUACAAUUUCCCGGAUAAAAAAUGUGCGAAGUGUACGCACAGCGCCAUCCAGCACUACUCGUACUUCAACAAAAAGGUCGUUAUUCCAAUCCAGGCGUACGGCUACGUCGGCGAGGGCAAGCUUGCAAUGCAGAGAUUGCAGAACGACGUUCUCCAGCACGUAAGUACUGCCUUUAAAGGCUUGAUUUAUGGGAAGCGGAUGCCCUUUAACGUGAUUUGUCUGCAGAUUCUGCUACGCCGUACGAAGGAAGGACGCGCAGACGACAUUUCACUUCCCCCCAAGCUCGUGCGAAUCCGAAAGGACCGGCUGGACGAGCGUGAAAAUGACUUCUACGAGGCCAUCUACACACAGAGCCAAGCGCAGUUCAACACGUACGUGUCGUCGGGGACGCUGCUGAACAACUACGCCCACAUCUUCGACCUCCUGAUCCGUCUUCGCCAAGCAGUGGACCAUCCAUACCUCGUUAUUUACUCCAAGACAAACCCGGCACUCCAACUCCCGAGUUCAGCUGCUCCAUUGGUGGAAGAGCAGCCUUUUGGUGCGACUGACGCUGCCUGCAUAGAGGACGAGCGAUCGUGUACAAUCUGUCACGAAUACAUGGAAGACAGCGUCGUCGCGAAAUGUGGCCACGAAUUCUGCCGCGAGUGUGUGAGGGAAUACAUCGAGUCGCUUCCAGCGGGCGGAGAGGCGACAUGUCCAACGUGCUCAAAACCGCUGACAGUGGACCUGUCUCCACCUGUGGAGGAAGUCAAAGCCCUUUCGAUCGAGGAGAUCCGGUCCCCGAAGGCUGUGAACCUGUCGAGCUUCCAUCGCAACAGUAUCCUUCAUCGGAUCUCGGACGUUCACGCCUUCCAGUCCAGCACCAAGAUCGAAGCGCUUAUGCAAGAGCUGGAGCUCAUGCGCGCUCGUGACCCGUCCGGGAAGGCCAUCAUCUUCUCGCAGUUUGUCAACAUGCUCGAUAUCAUCCAGCACCGUCUGCAACUCGGGGGAGUCAAUUGUGUUAAACUGUCCGGCAACAUGAGUAUUAGCGUGCGAGACCGAACCAUCAAAGCCUUCCGAGACGACCCCACAGUGACGGCGUUCUUGAUCAGUCUCAAGGCAGGAGGUGUCGCACUCAACUUGACUGUCGCGUCACAGUAAGUUUUGACGCUCUCUCCUCUUGCUGGCGUCUCUGCAGUCGUCUAACUCUUGUGUUUGUUGCAGCAUCUUCUUGAUGGACCCGUGGUGGAAUCCUGCAGCUGAGAAUCAAGCUAUUGAUCGCACGCAUCGAUUAGGUCAGUUCAAGCCGAUUCAGGCCACUCGCUUCAUCAUCGCUGGCACCGUCGAGGAACGCAUUCUCAAGCUUCAAGAGAAGAAGCGGCUGAUCUUCGAAGGCACUGUCGGAGCCAACGUGAGUGCUAUCUGUCGUCUUACCGAGGAAGAUCUGCGGUUCCUCUUCGCGACGUGAGCUGAGCUGGUUGGGGGGAGGAUGUUGCGUGCUCUUUAUUUGCAUUGCAUUGAUCUGUUCACGGUGUUAGUUUGCUGUAUUUCCGAGGUAGUUAAUCGAACUAAAAAGUCAGCUAAUCAAAGUACACAGUGAGCAGGUAUCAAAAACCAGCAAGCCAAAAAAGGGAAACAAGAGUACACGAGCGCUCAACAAAAUAAUACGAAGGUAGGCAGGAGCUUGAGUCGAUCGCCAAAGCAGGACACGUUUGCUCUUCACGUCGUGUAGUCCAGCGUAGUCGACGGCAUCCCUGCCACCCCAUACAAAAAUGGCGACGCCAAUUGAGGGUCGUUCUGCUGGUACGAGGGGAUAUACUGCAACGGCAGUGCCUGCAUGCCGAAGUGGGGUGUCGGAAGAGGAGGCAUGGCAUGUUGAGGCAUCCCCACGAGUUGCUGGGGAUACACAGCAAGUGAAUGUUGUUGCUGCAUCUGCUGCUGCUGUGGUGGCUGCUGCGCAUACAUUCGAUGGGCUACGUAGCUGCCAUAGUCGUCCGCUGUAAAAUGAGGAGAGUGCACUGACUGUUUCUUGUGAACGAUUUGCUUGGGGGCUGGGAACGGCUCCGGUUUGCCUCGAUUCGACCCAGAACUCCCGAAGACCAGCGGACGAUAGGAUUCGUGCUUGUCCAGUAGACUCGAGUUCUGGAAUCGAGCGAUCAUCGCCUGCUUGCCCUGUAGUCGCGCGUACGAGAUGGCGCAGACCUUCUCGCUGUUGAAAUUGGUCCACUUCUGGCCGUCGAAUUCCUUGUGGAACGCUUCAAUGUGCGCCGCCUCAAUAAAGUUGAUGAAGGCGUAACCCAUGUUGCACUUGUUCUUGAAGUCGAUGGGCAGGUAGAAAAAGUCGUAGUUGCCACGAUGAUUGCGAU